AUGGAUCUGGAACACCAUCUUCGCUACAUGCGAAUGGCCACUAAACUCGCCAAAUAUGCACUGGAUCAUGACGAAACUCCCGUGGCUUGCAUCUUUGUUCACACACCUACAGACCAAGUGGUCGCUUACGGCAUGAACGACACCAACAGGUCGCUCACAGGUAUCGCACACGCAGAAUUCAUGGGCAUAGCGCAAAUCCAGGCCAAAUUUGGUCCUCUCAACACCGAGAUAUUUCGAAACAUAACACUGUACGUCACGGUAGAGCCUUGCAUCAUGUGUGCGUCAGCUCUCAAACAACUGGGGAUUCAGAAAGUCGUUUUCGGGUGUGGGAACGAAAGAUUUGGCGGCAACGGGUCCAUACUCCGAAUCCAUCAAGAUUCGUCCACUGCGCCCGAAAAUAGCCAUAUAUCUGUACCCGGACUUCUGAGAAAAGAAGCCAUCAUGCUUCUACGAUACUUCUACGUGCGAGAAAACGAGAGAUCUCCCAAACCCCGAGCCAAGGCAAAUCGGAAACUUGACCUGGAAACGUUCCCCCCCAUGGACUGGAGCAUAUACCUCUCUAAAGACGGCUUCACAAGUCUUUUUGGUGAAUCGCUCCUCGAAUACUACGACAAAAAGCUCGAUCUGAGCGAAAAGUUAGAUUGGGAUUUGAUAGAUAAGAACCAAGACCUUUUUUUCCAGGACUUGCAAAACAAGUGCGAGCAGUUCUCUCUUCAAGCUGCCAAGAAACCGAAAUCACAACCCGUAAGCUAA